CGGUGGUCGGACUGCUUUUUCUUCCUGCCCGGUUGAAAGCGGAACCGGGUGUUCGGCCGGGCUUGGGCCCGGAAGCGGUGGCCUUGAGUGACGCGCUUCUGUCUCAACCGACGAGCUUGGUCCUUCCGUCGGAUUCCCGAGGACCAAACAUGCCCACAGUGGAGGCUCACCAAGGGUUGUAAUGAGAAAGAAGCCUCUCCCUCACUGUCAGCACCAGCUGGUAAAGGUGACGUGCAUUUUUCUUUUGAUAGCAAUGGUCCAUAGCACUAACUGAGUGAUGAUGCGGGUGUGCUGGUUGGUGAGACAGGACAGCCGACACCAGAGAAUCAGACUUCCCCAUUUGGAGGCAGUUGUGAUUGGGCGUAGUCCAGAGACCAAGAUCACUGAUAAGAAAUGUUCCCGACGGCAAGUACAGUUGAAAGCAGAGUGUAACAAAGGAUAUGUCAAAGUAAAGCAGGUAGGGGUCAAUCCCUCCAGCAUUGACUCAGUCAUAAUUGGGAAGGACCAAGAGAUGAAGCUGCAGCCUGGCCAGGUUCUCCACAUGGUGAAUGAACUUUAUCCGUAUAUUGUAGAGUUUGAGGAAGAAGCAAAGAGCUCUGACCUAGAAACACACAAAAAGAGAAAGAAGUCAAACAGAAGUGAUUUAGUGGAAAGGGAUGCUGCUCAGGAAGCUGAGCUUGAGACAGGGCUAGAACGUGGGUGUAGCCCCGGCCGAUGCUCAGUGCCCCCUAAGAAGGGGAAAGAUGGAGCUAUCCAAAAGGAAUCACUGGGCCACUGGAGUCAAGGCCUGAAGAUUUCUAUGAAGGACCCCAACGUGCAGGUUUAUAAAGAUGAUCAGGUGGUUGUGAUUAAAGAUAAAUACCCCAAGGCUCGUCAUCACUGGCUGGUCUUGCCAUGGGCCUCCAUUUCCAGUCUGAAGGCUGUGACCAGUGAACACCUUGAACUUCUCAAGCAUAUGCACACUGUGGGGGAAAAGAUGAUUUCAGAUUUUGCUGGAUCCAGCAAACUGAGCUUCCGAUUGGGAUACCAUGCCAUUCCUAGCAUGAGCCAGGUACACCUUCAUGUGAUCAGCCAGGAUUUUGAUUCCCCUUGCCUUAAAAACAAAAAACAUUGGAAUUCGUUCAACACAGAGUACUUUCUGGAAUCACAAGCUGUGAUCAAGAUGGUUCAAGAGGCAGGCAGAGUGAUUGUCCAAGAUGGGAUGUCGGAGCUCUUGAAGCUGCCCCUUCGUUGUCACGAGUGUCAGCAGCCACUACCUUCCAUUCCACAGCUGAAAGAGCACCUCAGGGAGCAUUGGAGCAAGUGACAGCACUGCAGAGCCUCAACCGCUGCUGCCCGAGAGGUCAGCUGGAGCGAACUUCCGGUACCUGCUCGCCAUUGCUCAUGAACUGCGAAGUUCUUGAAAUAAAACGUAGCAUUUUUAAAAAAUA